GAUCGUACCUGGCAUCGACUUAGCCGGGGUGGUGGUUGAGAGUCACUCGCCGCUCUGGAAGCCAGGGGACGAGGUUGUGCUGACAGGGAACAAGAUUGGCCAGCACUUUGAUGGAGGUUAUGCUGAAUUCUGCCGGGUGCAGGCUGAAUGGCUGGUUGCAAAGCCGAAAGUGUUCACCCUGGAGGAGUGCAUGAUGAUCGGCACAGCUGGAUUUACAGCAAUGCAGAUGGUCAUGGAGCUGGAGGAAGCCGGCAGGCUGGGACAGAUUUCAGGACCGGUCUUGGUGUUGGGAGCAGCUGGGGGUGCGGGCAGCGCGGCCGUGGCGAUCCUUGCACAGCUCGGCCACCACGUGGUGGCGUCUUCUGGCAGAGCCGACACAUUGGCAGACUACCUAAAGGGGCUGGGCGCCAAGGAGGUGAUCGGCCGAUUAGAGCCCACUGGGCUCAAAAAACCGUUGCAGGACCAGCGCUGGGCGGCUGUGGUAGAUUGCGCAGGGGGGCCAGCCCUCGGAACCGCCCUGGCACAACUCAAGUUCCAGGGUGCGGCCGCUUGCAUCGGUGUUGCUGGCGGGAGCGGCCUGGACUCUACAAUUUUCCCCUUCGUUCUGCGUGGGGUUCGACUGUUGGGCGUGGACUCAACGCUGCCUUGGAAUGUCUCUGGCCUUGGGGAGGACCCAGCAGAAUGGCAACGCAACAGAGAUCGGCGCUUGGAGAUUUGGCGCCGAAUGGCGACGGACCUGCCUGUUCAAGCUUUGCGCCGCAUGCAUGAAGCCACGAUCCCACUAGAAGAGCUGCCUGCUUGGGGCGACAAGCUCCUGAGUGGUCUGGUGAGGGGCCGUGUGGUUGUACGUGUAGCUGCCUGA